AUAGGAGUUUUUGUAUCGGAAUUCUUUUACGAUUAGGAUCGUGUCUUAUUUGAGUUUUUGUUGAGUACGGUUUCUUCAGCCAUGAGCGAUUCCGAAUCGGAUAACAACGAUCAAGCCGGAGACAUCGAGCAUUUUAACGGACCCGUCGAAAAUGCGUGGCUGCUGAAAAUACCGGAGUUCAAGAAGGAGGACAACCCGAACGGUUUGCUGGAGGAAAGUUCAUUCUCGUGUCUGUUUCCCAAGUAUCGGGAAAAGUACAUCAAAGAAUGCUGGCCGCUCGUGGUAAAAGCGCUGGAGGGAAACAAUCUGAAGGCGGAACUGGAUCUCAUUCAGGGUAACAUGACGGUUAAAACUACCCGAAAAACGUGGGAUCCUUUUAUUAUUUUGAAGGCGCGCGAUUUGCUCAAACUUCUGUCCCGAUCGGUACCUUACGAGCAGGCUGUUAAGGUUUUGGAUGAUGAAAUCAGUUGCGAUAUCAUCAAGAUUAAGAAUUUAGUGCGGAAUAAGGCAAAGUUUGUGAAACGAAGGAAUCGAUUGAUCGGACCGAACGGAUGUACUUUGAAGUCGUUGGAAUUGUUAACUAACUGUUAUGUUUUGGUUCAGGGAGCAACCGUUUCCGCGAUUGGCCCCUAUAAGGGGCUUCAGUGUGUACGGAAAGUUGUUGAGGAAACGAUGAAGAACAUUCAUCCAAUUUACAACAUCAAAGCACUGAUGAUUAAGAAAGAACUGAUGAAGGAUGAUAAACUAAAGGAGGAAAACUGGGAGCGUUUCUUACCGAAGUUCCAGGCCAAGAACACCACCAAGCGCAAGAAGCCAAAGGACCAACAAAAGAAGAAAAAUAAGGACAGCACACCAUUCCCACCGCCGCUGCUGGAGAGCAAGGUGGACAAACAGUUGGCUUCCGGCGAGUAUUUCCUCACCGACGCGCAGAAGAACGCCAAACGGACCCAGGAGCGGCGAGACAAGGAGCGAAAGGAUUCCCAAAAGCAGAAGGCGCGUCGCGAAAAGGAUUUCGUCGCACCGGAUGAAAGCAAACCGAAGAAAGCGAAGAGCACGGCGGCCGAUAAAAUCGAUGUAAAAGCAUUGAAGGGUAAAAUUGCCCAGGCGAAUAAGAAAAUAAAAGCUAGAAAAUAG